AUGGGCCGGUUCACGUCAAAGCUGCCACUGCUUGGGAUCUUGCUCGCCGUCCUGCUGCUCCUGCCGUGCACCGCCGUGGCCGCCGUAGCCAAGGCCAUCGACGCAUCGAAUAGCCAGCGCCUGGACCUGCCCGACGCGCUGGUUGGCCCCGAGAGCGUCGCGUUCGACGGCCACGGCGCCGGACCUUACCUCAGCAUCUCCGACGGCCGCAUCCUCAAGUACGGUGGCGAAGGAGCUGGCUGGAGCACGUUCACGUACAGCCCGAGCUACAUCAAGAACAACUGCGACGCGCCGUCUGAGCUCCCGCCGGUCGCCAUGGAGAGCUCCUGCGGCCGGCCGCUGGGCCUUCGUUUCCACCGCAACUCCGGCAACCUAUACAUCGCGGAUGCAUACAUGGGGCUCAUGCGGGUGGGACCGGACGGUGGGGAGGCGACCGUGCUAGCCACGGAGGCCGGCGGCGAGCCGUUCCGCUUCACCAAUGGGGUGGACAUCGACCAGGUCACCGGAGAUGUCUACUUCACCGACAGCAGCAAGACCUACCAGCGGUCACAGCACCAGAUGGUGACCGCGUCCGGCGACUCCACGGGGCGCAUCAUGAAGUACAGUCCACGGACCAACCAGGUCACCGUGCUCCAGUCCGGCGUGACCUACCCUAACGGCAUCGCCAUCAGCGAGGACAGGACCCACCUCACUGUCGCACUCACCGGACCUUGCAAGCUGCUUAGGUAUUGGAUCCGUGGGCCCAACGCAAACACAUCCGAGAUAUUCACUGACCUGCCAGGAUACCCAGAUAACGUGAGGCCCGACGGGAACGGAGGCUAUUGGGUUGCGCUGCAUCGGGAGAAAAAUGAGCUCCCGUAUCCGCUUGGCGUGAACAAGCACUUAGUCGCCAUCAGAAUUGGUGCUCAAGGUGAAAAGCUCCAAGAAAUGACGGGCCCUAAGAACGUUAGGCCAACCGAGGCGGUGGAAAGACAAGAUGGCAAAAUAUAUCUUGGAUCCGUAGAGUUGUCUUAUGUUAGCAUUGUUAGCGCUUAA